AUGGGCGCUGACAGAAAAAUCCCCCCAUUGCCUGCGCCAACCGAAACCGACGACACCACAACGCCUACCGAGCUCGCCACCGACCUGACCACUGAUGUGUCCAAACCUGGCGACGACAAAUCUACCUACUCACUCCCCGAGGACGGCACUCCAGUAACCAUCCGCACCCGCGGUCACAAGGCCAACAAGUCUCAGACCUCACUUCUCAUUGAAUACUUUGAGGGUGGCAAGGGUUCCUCCUCAGCCGAACGCAAACCCAGCGUCCGUGUUCGCCUCACUCCGUCCAAAAAAGGCAAAGGCGACCACUUCCAAGUCACAGAAACAAAGGGUUCACGGAAGGUUUCACUCACUCGCCGGACCCCCCUCGACCAAGCUUCAGGAGAGUUGCAGCCCCCCGAGGGCGACGACGCUCAUAGCAUGACCUCCUACGCCUCUGCCACCGAAGAAUCCAAUGUCUCCAGGAACCCCAUCGACAUUGAGAUUGAGCGGAGCCACCGUCGCCGCCGACCCGCCAGUCCUUUAAUUCCGUCGGAUGACCGAGUUUCAUACAUGCCGGGAAACCCCUCCGACAUAUCGGCUAUACCAACAGACAGUUUUCUGGAUGGCACUGGUGGCAUGAGUGAACUCAAGCACUCUAAAGGCGACAUCAUGGCCGGGGCUGCUGCUACGGCACUGGCAGGUGCGGUCGCAGGCGAGGCUUUGCACAACCGAAAAACGCGAAGCGACAAAGAGCGAACGAAGGUACAAGAGCGCUCAAGGGACAAGUCAGUGCCAUCUGACAAGAAGCGUCGCUCAAAGAGCCGGACGGGCAGCAUCGGAGAUCACACCGACGACGUUCGCUCUCCCCGACGCCGCUCCAGUCGAACUCAGCAAGAGUCACAUAUAUCUGGCGGCGAUUCGAGUCUGCUUUCUUCAAAUUUGUCGGCUGGUAACCGCUCGGUCAAGUCAAGCGCUUCCAAGACCUCCUCUAUCAACAACCCUAAGCUGCUGGAAACUGUCGAAGACGCCAUUCGCCGUCUCAUUCUACCUGAACUGAGUGCUCUGAAGAGAGAACAAAGUAAGCGUGAAGGCCGGCGGUCAUCAAUCGCAUCAACUGGUACCUCCAUUUCUAGGGAUGAUGUGUACACUGAGAAACGCCGAUCUUCUGGCCAGAAAAGCGACUUUUCAAAAGAAAAUGUACGGCAUAAGGAAAAGCGCAAUAGAGAGGCGCGCCACGAUUACGAAAACGUGUCCUUGCACAGCCCGAGCCAAGAUUCUCUCGGUGCUGACUAUACAACGCACGAGGAAGCGACCGCAUCGCCUCACCGUGACGGCAAUUUGCUAAGAGCUGCCGCAGCGGGCGCAGCUGGAGCAAUGGCUGCUAAGGGAAUCUCUUCAGCACUGGAUGAUGACCCAGACUCAACCGAGAGGAAACAAAGGGAUAGACGUCGCAGAAGAGCCGACCAUUCUCGAAGUCGAAGCGUGGGCAGAGAUGUCUACGUCGAUGAGUUUGACGAUGACGAACCCGCACCUCCCAUGCCUUUGAUGAGCGACAUAAAUCCUUCGGAAGUCACAAGGACGUCUAUUCUCUCUGCUGAAACAGAUCGACCUCACUCUGCCACCGAGGAACUGGCGCCCACCCGCGAUGUUCAAGAGCACAUGGUGUCCGUCCGUUCGACUCCCACGCCGUCCAGAUCGCCCGGCGAGCCACCGAGGCCUCUAUCUAUGCAACAUGCCAAUGUGUCUCACGGAGACUUGACUAAUCUCCCUCGCGGCCAAAAGGAAUACGUCGAAGAGUAUGAAACGGACGAGUUUGGCCGCAAGGUGCCUGUCAGCCAAUACGACUACUACGGCGGGCAAGCUUCUCGAGAAGUACCCGAGUAUGAAGACUAUGUGGACGACCCCUACUCCAACAGCCUCUACAACAACAUACAGGAUGUUCCACAUCCCCUCAAAUACGUGCCAUAUCAGGCUGGUGCUCGUGGCCUCAGUCCUAUCCCCAGCGUCUCUGGUUACACAGAAGGAGGAAGUGAGGCCCCACUGCCACGCACAUCCAAGAGCAUGCAGUCUGUCGAUGCCGCCCUUUCGUCUCCUGAAAAGUCUCCCGAUCACCGAUGUCAAGCCCAUUCCAUCCACUCCAUAGAUUCUCUUCAACUUGGUAGCCCGGCACCGCAGUUUGCCGCCGGCCAAGAGGUUCGGGGUAUCUCUGCCAACCCCAACGUGGUCAACCCUCCUCUCGGUGUAGAGUCUGCCGUCGCUUCCCUCGUUGACGGCUCCAUGGUGGAUCAGUCUGUAGUUACCGGAAUGUCGGGCUACGAAAAUGGCACAGGUACACGAGUGUCUGCGCUAUCAUACGAUGAGCCGCAGCCGCAAAGUCGUGGGGCUAGCGCUACCCCAGACAAGAUGUCAAUCGACCGAACUAGAGAAUUGGAUGAGGAGACACGCCACACGCCUACUUCGAGAUCAGCCGCACAAUCUCAAGACCAUUUCGAGUACGAUCUUGAUGAACAUGGGCGAAAGGUCCCACGGACCCGCUACCGCAAUUCACCGACAGCGUCCGAGGCCGCCAUUACCGCCGGCGCCGUUGGGGCCGCCGCCGCCGCUCUCAAAGCCGCUCAAGAGAGAAAACAGGCUGACAUCGAGACGUAUGAAGACGAAAAUUUUCAGCCCGCCGGCGUCAACAGAAACAGAUCGUUCAAGGAGCGCGCCAUGGGAUGGAAGCCUCGAGAAACUCCUACUCAUAGCCUUGACAACUUUGAUUAUGAGGACGAGGAGGCACCGCGUAUGACAGCUAGUGGCAUGCCUGACAUGGGCAACCCCAUGCCUGAGAUUGGGUACCACAUGGAUGACGACCUCAUCACGAACCCUUCCCUUGCCAAUGAACCUUUGGACCGUGAUCUGCCUAACUGGGAUACAAUUUCUGGCAAAUCAACACCCACUCCUAGAACUGCCGGCGGCUAUGAACCGGUCAAUGGCGAAUCAAGCAAAGCAGCCUUGGGUAUGGCAGCUGGGGCAGCAGCAGCACUUGGGGCAGCAGCGCUUGCGGCGCACAACCGCGAUCAAGAACCCGAGGAGGACUGGGGGCGAACAUCCGCAGAGCGCAAGCGCGACACUCUCAUUACGAACCCCUAUGAGGAUGCCAGCCCUAUUGCUAAUCCUACCCUGGAUCACAACAUGCUGGAGCGUGGGGGAGUUGACGGAAACUACGCCACACCAUAUGGCACUGCAAGCCCCGGCCUUGGCCAAAAGUAUGACGAGGGCUACAUGUCAAACGGCCCGAACCGAACGCCUGACAUCGCUGGCAAGUCUCGCGAUGUUGCUAUUGCUGACAACCUCGAUGAUGACCCAUUCUACGUAUCGGAUAAGGCAAACCCGCGACACAUGAGCGGCUUCUCACAAGGCAUGCAAUCGCCGUUCUAUGACGCCGCUACCGGAGCUGGCAUUGAGAGAAUCGAAAACAAGGAUAUUGUUGCCCUAAUGCAGCAUUUGAUGGUCCGCGACGCACAGAGAAGCGCGAGGGACACGGAGAUUGUAGCUCUCCUGAUGAAUGCUGCCGUGGAGAUGCGCAACUCGUUCCGUGAGAUGAAAGAGCUUGUCCAAGAUACCGGUGACGAUGUCAUCUUUUCCAAUGUUGAUAACACCGAAAAGCUUCAAAAAGCCAUUAACGGCCCUCGCCCCUUUCCAGGCACUGCCACUCGCUCGCUACAAAGCGCUUCUCAGGCUGGUACUCUCGACGAAGCAACCAAGAAGAAAAAUUUGUGGAAGCGAGCCCUUCAAGGACUCAGUGCAAAAGGCACCAAUGAUCUCAGUCGCAUUGAGGAUAUGCUUGUGCAACUCCUUGGCGAGGUAGAUGUGCUCAAGUCGCAGACUGCUCCUCCCAUUUCUAGCGGUGGCCAGGGACAGUCUCUUGAGAACCUUCAGCCAGAGGGCCACUACGAACAGGACAAGGGAUACGAGCCCGAAGGCACUUCCACAGCUAGCCAUGCCAGCGUAGCACGCGCACCAACCGGAGGAGAACACAAAUACUCUGACCACAGAAUAAGCACUGUGCAGGAGAACGAGGAGGAAUACCAGUACGACCUACCAAGUGCUGCCACUGUGAAACCCAACGCGGCUAUGCUCUCACCAGGCCAUGCGAAUAACCUUCAGCGCGGAGGAUCUGUUCCACCGGAGACAUCACCAGAGACAUCAUCUGGACCUCAGCACACGGCUCUCAGUGCCGACAACACACCACGUAGCGAAAAGGGAAAGAAGCACAAGUCCACCAGCUCAUCGGGGUGGAUCCCCAAGAUCUCGCGCUGGUCAGAGACCACUGCGUCAAGUGUUGGACGGGCGUUUCGUGGCAGUGGUUCUUCGAAGAAGGCGGCCAAGUAUGAUGAAUUUCAACCUCCAUCUCGAUCGGGGUCCAGCCUAGCUUCAUAUGAUGAUGCGUAUGUUGACCAUGAUCCGUAUGGAGAGGACAAGUUACACACGGGAUUCUCAGACCCGAACCUCAGCCAAGGGGGAGCUGGCCCUUCACAACCGCAACCAACAGUGCCGCCUUUUGCCCUGUCUGAGGACCCUAAGUACAAGGCUCACCGCAACUCAGUCAAUCUGCAGCAUCCGCAACCGAGACAAGGGCAGACAGAGCGGCAUCAAGCGGCGCUUGAGUACUCUGCUCGCGAGUACGAUAAUCCCCUGACGCCGCGAUCGACUGACUGGGCAGGCUCGGCGACGAGUCUCAGCCGCCUGCCAGCAAACCGAUACAGUGUGUCGUCUGGUGCGACGAGAGAUGCUGAUUAUGCACUAUCGUCUCCGAAGCAGCAGCAGCAGCAGCAGUCGUCAGCGCCGCCACGACCACCCAAAGAACCGCUUGACCCCUCACUGCACACACCGGUCAAGGGCAAUCGGGUGGCAUCACUCCAGAAGAGUAGCCCCGUGGCGCACAUGAGUUACGAGAGCGGGUAUGGAAGUGCCACAGGCACGUAUGCGAGUCAAGUGACUGCAGAUGGCAGUCCGAAGCCUGAGAACCGCAACCUCAACGCAGUGUUGGGAAUUCCUGCUCGCCGGCCUAGCGGUCCACGGGCGAUGACGCCCAAAAGCCCAGAAGAAGAGGCAGCUAGAGAAGAGAGGAGACGCAAAAGAGAUACAUUUGGGACAAUGGCGAGCCAGGACACCGACACCUUUUGA